UGUAACAAUCAGCUGAUUGGCUGACAUACAACCAUAUGAAACUAUCUCAAUGUAUGACGUACACGUGUGUCUCCACUAACAUUGGCACUGAUUCUCUCAUAGCCGACCUUGGUAAUGGCGCUCUCAAAGUUCUACAAGCACAUGAGUACUUAGUAGUGUUUUGUCUCCGUUAGAGCUUAUUUAGGUUUAAAAACGUCUGUAUGUUAGCAUAUAUUCACAUAUUGUACGUAUGUAUGGGAUUUUCAAAAUGACAUCAGUUCGCCUUCAAUUUUAUGACCACGUUGGUUAGAACUUCUGCUAGGAAAAUAGUUCAGUGCGCUUCCGAGUGUAGUGCCGGUCAGUUGUGCCGUCUUUCGGCAAUCCGUCUACAAAAAUAGUUGAUCAAACUACUUGUGUAGCGACUGAAUAUUCAUACAAGUGUUCAUUUCAAAAAUAAUAUACAUAAAUAUAUUAUAAAAGUAAUCUAAGUAUCUAAUUUAUUUAUACUUUGAUUUCGUGUUGCAAGACUGAUUCACAAGCAUUUUGACAUUUCGCGUUGCAUUUCUACACCUCAUACAUAAAUAAAUAAAUAUAUAAAUACAUACAUACAUAUUUGUAUAAUAUGUCGGGAUUUUAUUUUUCGCUUUGACAGUCUGACGUAUUCAUAUUACCAAAACAAAAUAAACACGAAGUGGAAAGUAAAAACAAACGUGUUGGCAGCGGCGAACAUUAAUUGCUGAAUUGGCAAGAAUUGUAAAUAAAAGAUAAUAUUGUGCUUAAAGUAUAUAGUCUUUAAGUAGUGAAUUUACGAAGGAGUGUAUGCAAAGCAAACGAUAAAAUAGUUGAUUGAACUGAUUGUCAAAAAAAGUUGGAUUGGAAGAAAAACAGAAAAAGUCUCAACGCUUAGAAAUUAAAAGUUUCAAAAUACUCAGCGGUUACAAGUCACCUCACUGCAUUUACUGCCUCGGUUUAUACUAUAACCUUAUAUUUACUAGUGAUUAGAAUACCAAAGAGCUGUACGCAAUGGAUGCGUCCAGCAGUAACCUGAAAGUUACCAAUUGGGAGAAGUUCAAACUAUUAUUAUGGAAAAACUGGACGCUACAAUGGAAUCACAAACUAGAACUGGGCGUAGAACUUGUCUUACCCGCCGUUUUCUCACUGCUAUUGGUGCUGGUGCGUGUGCUGGUGGAGGUGGAUACAAUGGAUGUGACCACCUACCCGGCAUUAAAUAUUUCUAAUUUAGAUGUUUUCGAAGAAGAAUUAGCAAACGCUCGACGAUUGAAGCAAAUUAUGGGUUUAUACAAAGGGGACAGUGAAGCAUUGAGCACCAAGAGUAGAGCCAAUAAACCCAUCUAUAAAUUGGCCUUCUCGCCCAACAACACAUUUCUGGAGGCUAUAAUUAUAGAGGCUACCGAAAGUUUGAAUCUAGAAGGUUAUGUGAUGUAUCCGAAUGCAACCGCUUUGGAGACCUCCUUUACCACCAAUAACUAUUUGGCAGGCGUUCAGUUUGACGAUUCUCUAAGCAACAUCACCAGUUAUCCACGUGACUUUGUGUUUUCUUUACGUUUUCCAAGUGAAUUACGUACAGCGACACGUGCAUUGGGUUGGACAUGGUUGACUUCGAAGUUAUUUCCGCUUAUUGAUAUUGCCGGUCCGCGAAAUCCGGAUGCUGAUGAUGGCGGUCUGCCGGUGGGCUAUCUAAGAGAGGGUUUUCUACCGGUUCAACAGGCACUUUCAAUGGCUUACUUGAAGUUGGCUGGCAAUAAGGAGACUUUGCCCUAUGUGGAAAUGCAACGUUAUCCCUAUCCGAAAUAUAUCAGUGAUCCAUUAAUAGAGGCUUUGGAGACAAUAUUGUCUUUGAUAGUGGUUUUGAGUUUCAUUUAUCCAUGCACCUCGAUAACAAAGAACAUCACAGUCGAAAAGGAGAAACAGCUGAAAGAAGUGAUGAAGAUUAUGGGUCUGGACAACUGGUUACAUUGGACUGCCUGGUUCUUAAAAUCAUUUGUAAUGUUAGGCAUAUCCUCAUUGCUGAUCGUACUCUUGAUUAAGAUUCGAUGGUUUGAAGGCGUUGCUGUGCUCACGUUUAGCAAUUGGUCAGUGCUGUUGGUGUUCUUACUUAUCUACACGAUAGCCAGUAUUUGUUUCUGCUUCAUGAUGGCGACCUUCUUCUCAAGUGCCAGCACAGCCGCGGCUGUCACUGGCUUGGUUUGGUUCAUUACAUACCUGCCAUUAUCGUUUACGGUAAAAACCUACGAACAAAUGUCACUAGGCUCAAAGUUGGGCUGGUGUUUGAUCUCAAAUACCGCCAUGGGCUUCGGUUUCAAAGAAAUACUCGGUUUUGAGGGCAACGGCGAGGGUCUGCAAUGGAGUAAUUUGUUUAAAACUGUUUCUGUGGACUCUAAUCUUACAGUCGGCGCCAUUAUGUUGAUGAUGUUGCUCUCUUCCGUCCUUUAUAUGAUUAUUUGUUUGUAUGUGGAGCAAAUUAUGCCUGGCGACUUUGGUGUGCCGAAGAAGUGGAACUUUCCGUUCACCUACAGCUUUUGGUGUGGCCAAAAGGAUUAUGCUGGUAUUGAGGAUAUGUCGAACGGUUCGAUGGAGAAUAAAAAUCCUGAUGCCUUUGAGCGGGAACCUGCUGGCAAACAUGUGGGUUUACAAGUGAAAAAUCUAAAGAAACGUUUCGGCGAUAAAUACGCCGUCAAAGGCUUGUCUGUAAAUAUGUAUGAAGAUGAGAUAACAGUGCUGUUAGGACACAACGGUGCUGGUAAAACGACGACAAUCUCUAUGCUGACUGGUAUGUUCCCACCAACGGCCGGUACGGCCAUAAUCAAUGGCAGCGAUAUACGCACCAAUAUUGAUGGCGCGCGUAUGUCACUGGGCAUUUGUCCACAGCACAAUGUGCUGUUCGAUGAUAUGAGUGUGGCGAAUCACAUAGUCUUCUACAGCCGUUUGAAAGGUCUGCGUGGUGAUGAAAUUAAGGAUGAGAUAGACAAGUACUUGCGCAUGAUCGAGUUGGAAGAUAAAGCAAAUGUGGCAUCGUCGAAACUGUCUGGUGGCAUGAAGCGCAAGCUAUCGGUUUGCUGUGCGUUAUGUGGCGGUACAAAAGUGGUGCUUUGCGAUGAGCCAAGUUCGGGUAUGGACCCCGCGGCCAGACGUCAAUUGUGGGAUCUAUUGCAGGCGGAGAAAAUCGGACGCACAUUACUACUGACAACGCAUUUUAUGGAUGAAGCCGAUGUGUUGGGUGAUCGCAUUGCGAUAAUGUGUGAUGGUGAACUCAAAUGUCAUGGCACAUCGUUCUUCCUGAAGAAGAAAUAUGGUUCUGGCUAUCGGCUGAUUUGCGUUAAGCGUGAAGGCUGCAAGGCGAGUGAGGUAACCGCUUUGCUAAAUCAGUAUAUACCCGGCAUACGACCAGAAGCCGAUAUUGGCGCUGAGUUAUCCUAUCAGUUGCCGGAUAACUACUCCGCGAAAUUCGAAGAAAUGUUUAGCGACUUGGAAACACAGUCCGAUGAUUUGAUGCUUGGUGGUUACGGUGUCGGUAUUACCUCAAUGGAGGAGGUGUUUAUGAAAGUGGGCGCCGAGAAUUCCGGCAAUGGCACAAAAAAAGAGCAAAUGGCCAUCAUGAAUGGUAGUUCCGGGCUCAAUGAAGACGAUGUCGAAUCGAUGAGCUCUGAUAACAUGUUUUCGGAGAAUACUCGUUUACUAAAAGGCAGAGAUCUUUUCCUCAAUCAAUGGCACGCAAUGUUGCUCAAAAAGUUUCUUUACACUUUUCGUAAAAAGUUUCUUUUCCUCAUACAAAAUUUGCUACCCAUAUUUUUCGUGAUCAUCACCAUCUUGAUAUCGCGCAACGCCAGCACAUUUCGUCAACUGCCUGCCAUCAAGAUUAGCUUGGCACAGUAUCCCAAAACAUUUACGGUGCUGGAGACGACCAGUAACAUCGCACCGGGUUCCAUCGAGCAGCGUAUCGCAGCUGAAUACAAAAACAUUGUGAAUUCUUAUGGCGCCAAUCAUCAGUUACAACUCACAGGCGAAAGUAAUUUCACCAAAUAUAUUUUGAAUUUGGGCGAAACCGAACAAGUGCGCAUCAACUCGCGUUACAUGGCUGCGGCGACAGUGAACGAUAGCAAAAUUACAGCUUGGUUGAAUAAUCAACCGCUUCACACGGCGCCGUUGACUGUCAAUCUUGUGCACAAUGCUAUGGCAAAAGUACUUAUUGGUCCAGAAGCAUCGAUAACCGUUAUCAAUGCACCUUUGCCGUAUUCCAUCGAAACAAAAUUGGCACAAUUGAAUGCGGGCACAAAUGUGGGCACCCAGUUAGCUACGAAUGUUGGCUUUUGCAUGUGUUUUGUGAGUGCCUUCUAUAUACUGUUCCUGAUUAAGGAGCGUGAGACGCGCUCGAAACUGUUGCAAUUUGUGGGUGGCGUGCGUGUUUGGACUUUCUGGAUGACACAAAUGCUCUGGGACAUGACCACAUAUGCUAUAACUGCCUUGAUAGUGAUUAUAACGUUGGCUUGUUUCCAAGAGGAGGGCUAUGCUAACUUCUCCGAUUUGAUACGCUAUUUCUUCCUGCUAAUAAUGUUCGGGUUCUCCGUUCUACCGUUCACCUAUUUGCUAUCAUUCUUAUUCAGUGAGCCAGCUACUGGAUUUUCUCGCGCCUCGACUAUAAACAUCUUUGCAGGUGUGGCGCUUUUCGUUGUUAUUGUAAUAAUGUCAUAUGAGGUCUUCGAUACCAAGGAUGUUGCGGACGGUCUGCAAUGGUUCUUUAGAAUAUUUCCACACUUUUCACUUGCAAUGGGCUGGAAUAAAUUAUAUGUUAAUUGGGCUACACGAAAUACCUGCAACAGCGAGGUGCUACAAGUUCUACCCGAUAAAUUGCGUUGCACUUUAUUGCCAAAGUGUUGCUCCACAAUUCCUUAUUUUGCAUACAAAGAACCAGGUAUUUUGCUGGAAAUCUUGUAUCUGGCCGCCACUACGGUGGUGUUCUUCCUCAUUAUCAUUACACGCGAAUAUGGCAUCAUAGAUGAGAUCAUGUACAUGAUCAGAAAGCGUGCUUUUAAACCACCACCGCCACCCGAGGACGGUUACUUUGAUGAUGAUGUUGACAACGAGAAGAAUCGCAUACUGAAAAUGUCCAGUGAACAACUAGCUAAUCAAAAUCUGGUGCUUAAUGGUGUCACUAAGUAUUAUGGCAAUUUCUUGGCGGUCAAUCAGGUCUCACUGUGUGUCCAAGAAAACGAGUGCUUUGGGUUGCUGGGUGUUAAUGGCGCCGGCAAGACGACAACAUUUAAAAUGAUGACCGGUGACGAACGCAUCACUUACGGUUCGGCUUAUAUUAAGGGCAUGUCGCUGGAAUCCGAAAUGAGUAAAAUUUAUCAGGAUAUCGGUUACUGUCCACAAUUCGAUGCCUUACUAGACGAUCUAACCGGCCGUGAGACGCUGCACAUCUUUUGUCUACUACGUGGCGUACGCCGUGCGCGUAUCAACCGUAUUAUUGAAGAUUUAGCGAAAUCAUUCGGUUUUACAAAGCAUUUGGACAAGCCUACCAUGACGUACAGCGGUGGCAAUAAACGUAAGUUAAGCACAGCGAUUGCCGUAAUUGGUAGUCCCAGCGUCAUAUAUCUCGAUGAACCGACAACCGGUAUGGAUCCGGCUGCUAGACGUCAACUCUGGAAUAUGGUUUGCCGCAUACGCGAUUCGGGCAAAUCAAUAGUGCUGACAUCGCAUAGUAUGGAGGAGUGUGAGGCGUUAUGCACACGGUUGGCAAUCAUGGUUAAUGGCGAAUUCAAGUGUAUUGGCUCAACGCAGCAUUUGAAGAAUAAGUUUUCCAAGGGUUUGAUACUGAAAAUCAAAGUACGACGCGCACCAGAACAGUCUAGACAAUCAUUAAGAAGUUCCAGAAGCGGUCGCGGAGAUCUUUCACCUACCGCAGUGAAGAUGCAACAGGACAUUUUCUCGGUGAAGGAGUUUGUUGAGCGCAUGUUCUCGCAGGCAAUACUACAAGAGGAGUACCAGGGCAUACUCACAUUCUACAUUCCACUCUCAAGUAUUAAGUGGUCAAGCAUAUUCGGUCUAAUGGAACAGAAUCGCAAUUCACUCAACAUCGAAGAUUACUCCAUCAGCCAGACAACGCUGGAAGAGAUCUUCUUGGAGUUUGCGAAGUAUCAGCGUGAAGAUCCACGCACGCUUAACAUUAAGAAAAAGCGUUUUCCGAUCUGGCAAAUAACGCGAAAUUGGAUAAGGGGACCCGAUACGCAUAAAAACGAAUGUCGACUGCAGGAACGUGAGCUGCAUGAGCUAACAAAAGGGCAAUUUAGGGAUAACGGAGUUGCAGUAUAAAUAUACACACAUACAUACAAUGAGUGUGUACCGUAGUUUUAGCUGAUAGUGUUAUGUGAUGUGGAAAAAUGUGAACCGAAGAGCUUUAGUGCACUUAAGUGCAGAAAAAUAGCGCCCAAAGGGUAAACAAUGUUGCAAAGCGUGACUACAACAUACAAACGAACAAGUAAAUUUACUAAAAAUUAAAUUAAAACUAAAAAUCAAUGUGCCUGUAUAUGUAUAUAUGUGCAUACAUAUACACAAAUAUACAUAUAUACUUAUAUAUGAACUAUAUAAUUUUUAACAAAAAUAUUUAUUUUUCUUUAUAUAUAGUAAUGUAUGUAUAUAUGCACAAACGUAAUUAAAAUACGAAAAUAUGUAUGUGCAUAUGUCUUUUAGACGAAAAUUCGCUUAUUUACUGGCAUAAGUAUACAUAUGUAUGUAUUUAUUAUGUAUUUUACUUAUAUAUAGGUGUGUGCGCCCAAAAAUAUUGCACAAAAGCGCAUUUUACUUGUGCAAAGCACUAUUCGAAACGAAAAUAGCUAGUUUAAUUUAAUUUAUAAAAAUAUGCAUUGCAAAACUAAAAAUUUGUUUAACAAAAAUAUCAUAAUUUUUAAAUAAAAAAAAUAUAUUUAAAACUUUUUCAAAAAUUUUGAAUUUUUCAUUAGUAUUUUACAUUAAUUUAUGUUAAUGUAUUACAAGUGAAACAUGAAAUCCGCACGAUUUUAGUUUUAAUUCUACAAGUAUUAUAUAAAAUAAUAUUUUGGUACUAGUUUCUUAACAAAUGUAUUUUCAAUAAGUUAAGCCAGUAAAACUAUUGCAAAAUUAAUCAACAAUAUGCAAAAAAUAAUGAAUAAAUAUAUAUUAAAAAGCAGGCGAUAUUUGUAUAAAAAUAUAGAUGUGCAGUUAGCUUUGCAUAUACAAUAUAAUUAAUACUAUUUUGAAACAUUUUUACAAAAUACCUGAGGUCAGUAAUUGACAGUACUCUUUAACGACAAAUUUUUACUUAAAAAUUUACACGAAAAACGAAUGUCAAAAUAACUGUGUGAUGUUGCUAUUUAUUCUAAUAAAAUUAUGAUUUGCUGAUCCCAGCAAAAAGA